AUGCCCUACUCGUCCAACGAACUUACAGUUGGCAUAGACGCAAGCGAAGCAAAGACCGUUUCCAAAGCCCGUCCCAUAGGCAAAGCUCGAGCGAUCACUACCUGCUCUCCUGAUCGCCAGGCCAUCGUAGACACAGCUCUAGCCGACACCGUAGAACUUGCCAACGCAGCCGCCGAUGCGGCCACCUCCGGAGACGUAGCUUACGUAGCCAAAGAAGCCGGCUCCACCAGCGACAACAUUAAACACUACUGCACCGACCCGUGGUCGGAACAGGGAAGCUGCAGAAAGAACUUUCUUGCCCACGAGUGGGCUCAGUACAGCAUGAUUGUGAAUUGUGAGAUUUACUAUACCUUGUUGAUGACGGGGUUGCCCACGGUCCGCGAGGGACAGGAUGAGGCGACGACGGCGGUUCAUGAGUUUACGCAUUUGCCUGCGGUUUACGAUCCGCCUACGAGUGACUUUAGAUAUGGAAACGAGGUAUUGCUGUUGGAGAGUGAGCAGGCGCUGGAGAAUGCUGAUAAUUAUGCUACGUAUGCGACUGCUGUCUACCUCAACUGCAGCUUGGCUGCAUAA